CGAUGACGGGUGUGUGGGAUGACCGGGGUGCCAGGGCUAGACUCGUUGGAAUUAGGAGACGAAAUUGGCUCCUGCAGCCAGAUCUGGCGUUAGCGUCUGGCACUUGCAUCCUGCGGACUGUUGCCUUGUUUUCUGCUCUUCGAUAGCCGUAUGGACAUAUUCUUGGAAAGGACGGAUUCUAUCUAGGUUCGUCGUCACACUGAAGUCUUACACACAGAACCUAACAGCUUCUUCUUCAUUCAACCUACAGUUUCAGAUAUGGCCUGGUCUUCAAGCCAGAUCGGCUUCUUAGCUAUCCUUUCGAUCCUGAGCGUUGUAUUCUAUCGUCGGUCACCGAACGCCCCCCCACCUACGGUAUCAGUUACUGCGCUGGUAAACGGCUUUUCAGUGGGAGGUGUCAAGAACUACCGGAUUCAGGGCGUACCUGCCGACUGGCACAAAGAAAGGUUGCAGUCUUUUUUGGCAGGUCAUGAUGGUUGUGUCGAUCCGGUUGUCAAAUCACUUUCCCUGGAGGCUCAUGGUCGCUCGAAAACCGGCAUAGUCACUUUCCGCAGUGGGAUUCAGCCGUCAAAGUUUCAUCCCAUGGACUCACACGAAGAGGAUAUUGGGAUAGAGGCCAUGAUUUCUACUAUCAGAGCCAACCUCGUAUCGACAUAUCAAGAUCAACAACGGUGGAAGGAGAUGGAGGACCUGGAGUUGCGGCAGAUGAAACUGAAUCAAAGUGACCUUGGAGGGGAGCACCCCGACACACUCACCAGUAUGGCCAACCUGGCAUCGACCUACUGGGACCAAGGCCGGUGGAAGGAAGCUGAAGAGUUGGAGGUGCGAGUAAUGGAAAUGAGCUUGAUCGUGCUUGGAGAAGAGCAUCCCGACACGCUCAUCAGCAUGGCUAAUCUGGCAUCGACGUACCAGAGUCAAGACAGGUGGAUGGAAGUGGAGGAACUACAAUUGCGGGUGAUGGUGACGCGAAACAGGGUACUUGGAAUGGAGCAUCCCGACACCCUCACCAGCAUGGUCAAUCUGGCAGUAACUUACUGGGAACAAGGCCGAUGGAAGGAGGCCGAAAGGUUGAAUGUGCAGGUGUUGAAGACAAGUUCAACGGUGCUUGGUAGGGAACACCCUAACACGCUGGUCAGCAUGAAUAAUUUAGCCCAUGUCUGGAUGGACCAAGGCCGUUCUCAGGAUGCAAUUACUCUGCUACGGAGUUUCCUUGUUACUGCUAAACGGAGACAAGGCGCCACUCACCCAAAUACCUUGUCUGCUUUGAGAACACUCGGCAGGUGGGAGCGGAACAACUCAAGGGCAGAGAAUGCAAUUGACGGCGGUGAAUCAAAUUAACAGAGCAGAUUUUGUAUCAAGACAGUAGAAUCUACCGAGGAACGCUAAACAAAUCCUGCUUCCAGAUCAACUUGUCCCGCCACUUCCGGUGCAAGAAAUGCCUAACCCAACGAAGAAAAAUGCACCUGGCAACCUUCCUGACAGAUCUUCAGUAUGGUCACCAGCGGUACACAUAACACAUGGAGAUAAGUGCGGUUGUAUCACUUAGUGUCAUCUGCUGGAACUGUGGUAAAUCUAGAUGACCGAGUGGCAUCUGUCCUUUGUAGGGCACUCCUAGCCCGACUAUGCCUUUUGGCGAGAAGCGAGUGUAUUGGGCCAGUUCUAUUUGAGCGAUGGUCUCCCAGGUUAUGUGAAAGUGCCAUGAGCCGCCACUGAGAUAAACCUACCUCAAUCGCUGCCUAUUGUGCUGCCAUCUGGGGCUCCCGCCCUGGGACUAUGCUUCCUUCGUCACGAUGCCGCUGAACUUCUGCAAUCAGUGCUUGGAUUGCCCAUGAGUUUUGGACACAGUAUACUCACCAGAGAUUGCGAGAAGCGGGGAAGCGCGCUUGAAUGUUGGUUUUGGAGCUGCAGGUACCCUACUUACGAUGUGCGCUUCGCAUAGUUCAGCGGCCUCAUACUCCUUCUCUGACACUUGAUGACCUCAAGUGCGAUGCUGAGCUUAUGAUCGAGAUAAUCAAUCAUGCAUGGUCUUGCUGAUUUGAGGAUCGUUGGAGAGAUCAGUGUAGAUGUUUCGAAAAUGCCUGUAGAUCGCUUGCAGCUUUUGAAACUCAAGAUUCAGGAUUUCCAUCUCGAGCCAUUUGCCAUCCUCAUCGCCCAGCUUGUACGCACCGAGACUGACGCCGAGAUGGCCCGCUCAAGAAAUCCCAUCGGUCCAGACUAAACCCAUGAACACAGCAAGAACCAAAAGUUUAAAACCCAGGAGAGAAUCGAGCAAAAUACCUGCUCGUGGCCACAAAUGCUUC